AUGUACUGUUCUAGAAUAAGACAGAACCGCCCCAUAGAGCUAGAAACAUGGCUGGGUAUAUCUGUGUCUAAAAAGAACAGCAGCGAUUUAAUUAGAGAAGUCUCUAAAUACUUCCAAAAUAAGCCUGGUUUUCUUAAAAGAAUAAAGCCGAAUGGAGAAAGUCUCUCUGUUCUAUUGUGCACACAGCUUGACUAUAUAAAGUCAGAAAGGCUGUAUAAAGAAUUUUUAGAGUCACUGGGCUUAGAUACAAAUAAAAUAUUCACUGCUCAAAUACCAAAAACAGAGCCAAGAACAGAAAACGAAAUAAAAGAAGCAAUUGCGCACUGGCCAUGCUCAGUCAAGCCAGGCCUCCCUGAAUCAACUGAACUGCCACUUGCCAUACAGAAACUGGUUAAAAAACUAAAUACAAAUAAAGAAGAAUGCGCUAUUUCUUCCAUAAUCUUAGAGGGUCCAGACACAGACAGCCUAGCAUUGCAUACAGCAUUUGCAAGCGCAGAAGAAACAAGCACUGCCUUCCAGCACGCAAUAAUACGAAUGAUUAAAACCGUAUCAAGAAGUACAAGCGAAUACUUAUGCACCGGGCGCACUGUCGUAUUGUCUAGCGAGCCGUGUCUUGUUUGUGGAAUGGCACUAGUUCAUGGCAGAGUCAAGAGAAUAUAUAUAGCAGGGAAGGACUCCCCAGAUGCCCCAUAUAGUAAAUAUAACAUACACCAGAAUAUUUCACUAAACCAUCGGAUUGACGUGUACCGGAUAUAUGAAAUAUCAGAGAAUAAUUUGAAAUAAAUUUAAAAAC